AUGACCGAUAACAAAAUUCUUGACGAGAAAGCAGUUGUUGUUGAUGAGGUUUCCUCUACUUCAUCUAGUGGCAUUCAAGCCGUUUUUCAGACUUACCAACCUGACGACGUUGUCCUGGGAGAGGUUAAGGAAAUAGUUGGAAAAUAUGGCUUGGAGGAAUAUGAGGAACUUCUAAUCAGAGGGGCAUUGUUAGCUAACAAACCUGAAAUUAUUGAAAAUGAAGAGUAUACCGUGGAAGAAAGGAAAGCAAUUGUGAGAGAAACUACUCAUCCGCUAUUAUCUCUGUCGCCCUCGAUGAUUAUGGCAGCAAUCUGUACCUCAUGCGCAGCAAUCAACUUUGGUAUGGACGAGAGUGCAGUGGGAGGCGCCCAACUACAAUAUCAAAAACAAUUUAAUAUUACCGACCCGAACAUUCAAGGUUUAACGGUAGCCGCACCAUAUUUGGCAGCAGCAGUUUUUGGUGCACCUUUGACAGUUUUCCUAAGUAGUCACAUAGGGAGAAAAUGGGUUGUGCUCAUCAGUUGCUUCAUCGCUUUCGCAGGUUCAUUGAUCCAAGGUUUUGCAAAUGGCCUUCCAGCUAUGCUUUUCGCAAGAUUGUUUAUGGGUAUCGGUAUGGGGCUGAACUCUUCAACUGUGCCAAUUUACACUGCAGAAUGUUCACCAGCAGUUUCUCGUGGUGCGAUUCUGAUGCUUUGGCAGACUUUCAUCGCCCUUGGCGUGGCACUUGGUUCCAUUUUCAACAGAGCGUUCGUGCAGAUUAAUGGUUCAUUAUCGUGGAGAUUAAUGAUUGGAUCUGCUUCAGUCCCUCCACUCAUUACAGGUUUUCUGAUUUUUUUCCCACCAGAAUCUCCCAGAUGGUUAAUUAGUAAAGGAAGAACAAGAGAAUCUUUCGACUCCUUGAUCAAAUUGAGAUCUUGUGCCUUGUCUGGUGCAAAGGAUUUUUACAUUCUUUACGAGUCUUUAAAGUUUGAAUCUGAACUUGAGACUAAGCUCACAAAAUGGGAGCAAUUUACCUCUUUAUUCACCGUUCCAAGAAAUAGAUUUGCCCUUAUUGUUUCAUCGAUUGGUAUCCUAGGCCAGCAAUAUGGUGGUGUGAACAUUUUGGUAUCAUAUACAACAACAAUUUUGACAAGAGCUGGUAUUGAUCCUGUCACAGCUAUUGCUGGUUCGAUUGGUAUUGGUGGUGGCUGUUUUCUAGCCACAUUUAUUUCAACACAACUGAUUGAUAGAUUUGGUAGAAGAAAAAUGCUUCUCUUCACACUUCCAGUCGAGGGUAUCUGUUUAUUUUGGUUAGGAGGUGUUAUCAAUAUUACCAAUGACCAAGUUCGCUUAGGUCUGGGAUUGGCUGCCAUGUACGUUUACGUUCUGUUUUAUGGAACUGGUAUUGGUCCGGUUAGUUUUACGUUGGUAGCUGAAACUCCAUCCAUUACAGUUAGAAUGGCACACAGUGCUGUUUGCAUGAGUCUAAAUUGGAUCUUGGACUUUUGCUUAAGUAUGACCUGGCCAAAGAUGGAUGCCACAAUGACUACCUCUGGUGGCCUCUACUUUUAUGGGGCUUUCAACUUUGUUGUUUGGGCUCUUUCCUAUUUCUGUAUUCCAGAAACAAAGAGGUUCACGUUGGAACAGCUGGAUGAAGUUUUCAAAGCAGGUGUUAGUCCAUUUUUCCAGAAGAAUUUGAGAAGGCUCAUUGGGAAGCGCUAA